UUCAAUGUAUGGUUAAGAAUCUCAAUUAUGAGAAACUUCACCGCGGAGAAGAGAAUUCAAGUGCAAAAAUUGAAGCACGAAAUUAAAAUAAACCAAAUAAUGAAUUCUCAAGGUCGUUUACUUAGAGAAUGGCAAAGAUUAGAGGUCAAAAAUUCUGAAGCAGUUGGAAGGGUGGCCAGGAAAUUGUCAGCAGUUUCUCUUUGUCUUCCAUUAGUCGAUGGAGCUGAGGCAAAAGUGACGUCGGUUUAUGAUGCUGUGAUCUCAGCUGAGGAAGUCAUGGACGGUAUCGAGGAUUUUAUUAUGAAUAUGCAAUGGCAGGUUGAGCAGUCAUGUUUUUUGCUCACACAGCUUAUAGUCAUUUUAAAGCAGGAGAAAGAGUUUUCGGAGGAACUAGAGAAUCAUAUAAAUACAAUUUCUUCUUUAGAGGUAGAAGAGGAAACCUUGAGAGUACAUUGUAUCCAAUUGGCUAAGGAGUGGAGCAGAUGAGAAGGAGCUUGAUCUUGAAUAUAUCUUUUUUUCCUUUGCCGAAACACACAGUUUUGAGAUAUUCUAAGAGUACUUAAUAUCAUUUUAUUUUGUUCCAUUUUUGUAAUCCUUGAUAUCAAUAUCUAUUUUGUUACUAGUCAAGUUAAAAUUAAUGGUCUAUU